AUGUCCAACAUCCCCUCCACAGUCCCAGAGGAAUACCGACCCGGUUUCCUUCCGCCUUCCAUUGCCAAGCAAGCUCAAGAUGAAUUACCCGGGAAGCAGAUCAAGCUCAAUCCUCAACCGCUCGAUGACGUCCUCGCAGAUGGCAGCAAGUAUAAGGCUGCUGGGAAGCUCGAAAACAAAAGGGCAGCAAUCACAGGUGGUGACUCUGGUAUCGGAAGAGCUGUGGCUAUCCUCUUUGCUUUAGAAGGCGCAGACGUGCUCAUCAACUAUCACCCUUCGGAAGAGGAAGAUGCGCAAAAUACCAAGGCUUACAUUGCGAAGGUUGCACCAAAAGCUCAAGUUGAGUUAGCUCCUCAAGAUUUGAGAGAUGAGAAGGGUGCGCUGGAGCUUGUAGAGAAGAUCAAGAAAUGGAGCGGGAACUCACUUGAUAUUCUUGUCAACAACGCCGCUACUCAGCAAGAGGUAGAACACAUUGAGGAUCUGCCAUCUGAGCAAUGGCGACAUGUCUUUGAUGUCAACAUCCAUGCCAUUUUCUAUCUCACUAAGAAUCUCAUACCUAUCAUGCCAUGGGGAGGAUCGAUUAUCAACAACGCUUCCAUCAAUCCGUUCGUUGGUCACCCCAAGCUACUUGACUACACCUCCACCAAAGGAGCUAUUGUUGGUUUCACCCGAGCUUUGUCUAACCAGAUCGUCAAGGAGAAAGGCAUUCGGGUCAACGCUGUCUGUCCCGGUCCUAUUUGGACUCCUCUUAUCCCCGCAACCAUGACCAAAGAAUCCCUCGAAUCCUUCGGUCCCAGCACCGCUAUUGGUCGAGCUGGUCAGCCAGUCGAAGUCGCCACCGCCUUUGUCUUCCUCGCCAGCGUUGACUCGUCAUACUUCACCGCUCAAUGUUUCCACGUCAAUGGAGGCUCCGCUUACUAA